AUGGACGAAUUCACAACGCCGGAUGAGCAUUGGCCUAUCGAGAAUCUUCGCCGUGGCAUCAGCAUCGCGGACCUGCAUGGAAGAAUAUGUGAUGUGCUUAUUGAGAUCACCGAAAAAGCGUCCUUUAAGUUUGAUGAUAACUGGCAAGAGUAUGUCGAAGCCUUUGUCGAGUUCAAAGAGAUACUGGGAAAACGAAUCGAUAACUAUGGCUCGAUGAAUCCACUUCACAGGGAUCUCGUCUGGUACAUGCUCUAUAACUGGCCGGGGUUCCACGUCUUACGACUUUCCCGGAUUCUCCGCGUUGAAUCACAAUCCGCCGUGGACAAGCUAAACUCUGCACUAUCGGAUCGUCAGUCACUCGAGUCUUUCGAUCUCCCCCGAUACGGGCUGAAAACAGCCAACAAACACAUCCAAAAGGAGGCCGUCAAGGAGGUAUAUUCGCUAGUCAAAGCCUUCGUUGACGCCUUUGAUGAGCAAUAUGAUUUCUUUUGUCAUGAGUUCCGCCGAGUCGAGCUUAACGACGGCUUGAGGAGAUUGGUCAAAGAGGCUCAGCAAACCGGAACCAGACCUGGAGAAGACUUGAAGAGGCUUGAAGAUGAGGCUUGCAAGACAAGAGUCGAAAUUAGCAAGCAUGCGAAACUAAUCGUGACGCCCGGCUACAAAUCACCUUUCUCCAAGACUGAAGUGACGGAUAUACCCUCCGAGGCAAAUGAUAUGCGCUGCCGCAACGCAGGAGAGAAGGGAGGAGCUCCAGAGGCGCAAGAAAGAGUUGGCUGA